AUGUAUGCAUUGCCUACUAGUGCUGACCGUGCCGGUCACCAGUGCGUCCCGCCUGACCCAGGUAUAGGACCUGCUGCUCUAGCUACUGGUGAGGCUGCUGCUCUGGGUGCUAGUGAGUCUCCUGCUCCAGGUACAGGUGCGGCUGCUGCUCUAGGUGCUAGUGAGUCUGCUUCCUCAGGUGCGGGUGAGGCUGCGCUCUCAGGUACCGCGUUGGCUUCGGCCUCCCUCACCUUUACACUUGACUCUGGGGCUUCUCGCUCCUUCUUUCGGGACCGCACCACACUCACGCCGCUUGGUCGGCCGGUUGUAGUCUCCCUGGCUGACCCCUCUGGGGGUCCUGUCCUCGCUCACUUCUCCACUGUCCUCCCGUGUCCGGCUGCCCCCUCGGGCACCCUGUCUGGCCUGUACCUCCCCUCGUUCUCGACGAACUUGGUGAGUGGUGCAGACCUACAGGAUGCGGGGGUUCACCAGUUCACUCCUGCGAGUCAGCGGGUGACCCACUGCACGGACGCACGCACAGGCCGGCACCUGGCCACGUUCUCGCGUCGGCCGGGGUCGAGCCUCUACACCCUGACCACUGAGUCUCCUCCUGUCCCCGCGUCCGGUCAGGUAGCAGCGUCGGGUCAGGUGUUUGCUGCUGCGUCCAGGUCUGGUCCUGAGUCUGCCCCCU